GAUGUUUCAUUCCCCCCCGAGUUGAAAAUGGAGUUCGAUUAAAGCAGAUGUCCAUCAACUUCUCAAGGAAAUUUCAAGCCUAGAUGUUAUUUUAACUGUCGGUGUUAAUACUGAAAACAGUUGGACCAUUUUCUUUUGGCAUUGGAUGCCUUUACUGAAAAUUACUCGGACACGUUGACGGAGCAACGCUGCACAGCGCUUUUUCAAGUGUUGUCCUGGACCUGAAGUUGGCGAAUGGAUGCUCGACAGCCAGCCAUAAAUAACCUGCCAAACACUACAACCUACAACAGUUUAUACAUUUUUUGAGGAUCUAUGCACAUUUUUGCAAGCCUGGGAUCUGUGUUAGUUGAAGAGGAUGGUCCAGAUGGCCCAUUUGUUGUGGUCGGAUUUUACUUCCAGGGAGGAUAAAAUGAAUCAACGAUUGUCAUUCCUCCUCGCGAUUUAACAUUUAGAGCCCAGCAGCAAAAGCUAACGUUCAGCUAGCUUCACUUGCUUUUCACAGGGACGCUGAGUUAGGCAUGCCCCUUGUACACCGUUUAUUUACUAUCCGAAAUAGGGAUAAUUUCUGUAUGUGAAGGAAAAUGGUGAUAUAUGUGGUAUUUUAUCCCGCCGUCACUGCGUCGUCGAUGCUAUUGCUAGGAUUUGGAUCCCCGUGAGGAAAAAAAUGAGUGAAGAUUCAACAAAUCCAAACAACGAUGACAGUUAUGCGCGUGUGAGAGCAGUGGUCAUGACUCGGGAUGACUCCAGUGGUGGGUGGCUUCCCCUGGGAGGUGGAGGACUUAGCUGUGUCACUGUCUACAAGGUCACCCGGGCGGAGGACACCAACAGCACCCACAGUGGAGGAAGUGGAGGAAGCAGCAGCAACCUCAGCCCCUGUAGCCCUAGUCCUAGUCCCAGUCCGAGCCCCAGUCCCAGCGCUGUGGAGUUCCAUAUCAAAGGCGAAAGGCUCAAAGAUAAAUUGGUGGUACUGGAGUGCGUUCUGCAGAAAGACCUAGUAUACAACAAGGUCAACCCCAUCUUCCACCACUGGAGGAUCAAUGACAAGAAGUUUGGACUGACCUUUCAGAGCCCUGCUGAUGCUCGUGCUUUUGACCGGGGCAUACGGAGAGCCAUUGAGGACAUCAACCAAGGUUGUCGGCCGUUUGGGGAGGGCGAUAAUCCUGAGGAUGGACUACUGGUGUGCGACGAGCCUCCUUCCAUCUGCACCCCAAUGAAAGAGCCCUUCUCUCCUCUGAACAAUGUCGUCUCCACCGAGCCAUUCAGGGGCUGCUACGUUCGCGCCCAGCCCUUCGACGAGUUCCCCUCCAGCAACCGGCGCUACCUGCCUCCACAGUCGACUCGCCGUGUCAGUUUUCGCAUGGACGAAGAAGAGAUCGUCCGCAUCAAUCCACGCAAAGACGUGCUCAUCCGUGGCUAUGAGGACUACCGCCACCCUGUCAUGUGGAAACCAGAGGCCGACCGUGAGGACCUGGACUUCCCCACUGCUUUUCACAAACUGGACAGUAAGAAGUGCGAGUACCUCUUCCCCGAUGGCCCCGGUGGGGACUCCCACUCUGGCCCUGGAAUGGGUAUAGGAACAGGUAUGGGGCUCGGGCUGGGUAAGGACACAGCCAUCAAGACUCAGCCGUCACCCCUCAUGAAGUCCAAAAAGAGCCGACGGCGGCGAGAGGACGGCGAGCGUUCGCGGUGCAUCUACUGUCGGGAGAUGUUCAACCACGAAGACAACUGGCGGGGGCAGUGCCAGGAUGCCCCCGACCCAAUUAAGCAGUGCAUCUAUAAAGUCAGCUGCAUGCUAUGUGCCGAGAGCAUGCUGUAUCACUGCAUGUCUGACUCAGAGGGUGACUUCUCAGACCCCUGCUCAUGUGACACUUCUGACGAGCAGUUCUGUCUGCGCUGGCUGGCCCUGGUGGCGCUCUCAUUUAUUGCGCCCUGUAUGUGCUGCUACCUGCCUCUGCGCGCAUGCCACCACUGUGGCGAGGCCUGCCGCUGUUGUGGGGGCAAGCACAAGGCCGCAGGGUGACCCGACACAGGACACUGGGACACCAUCAAAGCUAGCUAACAAAGGAAGUGGAUAAAAGCGGAAAAUUAUAAGCUGGCAUCCUUUUUUCAUUCCCCUCUCAGACGGGGUGAUAUGUUGUUGAUCCCCACUUUGAGGGCUUUUGGAGAUUUCAGUUUGUGUUUGUCGCCGACAAGCAGCAGCGGAGGACAAAACCAUAUGCUUUGUGGGGGGGCUCUGAGCACCAAGCUAAGCUCAGGAGCUUGAGCUGAGGAGAAGAGGAAGAGGAGAAGUCACGAUUAAUAGACUUGGAGAUGUUACUACACGCAUCUGUACACACAAACACACACCUCUUACAUUCACACUCAUAAGCCAGGCCACAAAUAUCAGACUUCUAGUACAAGUUAUGUGUAACUUUAUGAAGGAAAAAUUGUCUUUUGUACAGAGAGUGACGACUUCAUGGCAAAAAAAAUAAAUCAAAACUAUUCUGCGCUGAGGAAAAAGUACUUGCUGUUUGGGUAUGCUAAAAGGGAUCUGUUUUUGCUUGUUUGUGAAUUUGCAGUUAGGUAACAGUGGCCUUUCCUUCACGGCUUAAGCAUUCGCUGACAAUGUAAUUAUUAGACAGAGAAAAGUGCACUAUUGAUGAUAUUACCCCUGAGUAAAGGUAAUCCUCUGAAAUUCUUGUGGUAUAUUAACCACGUGUUAUAUUGUAAUUUUAAUGCUUGAGAGUAGUUGCUGUGGUGAAUGUACGGCCAUUUGAUUUCCUUCUUUCCUUUCCAUCAAAUGUUUUUUUUCUUUUUAAAGAAAAGUAACAGGUUGAUUUUGAAGGUCCACCUCAGCAUAGCUUUUGCAGUUCGUUUAAAAAAAAAACAAAAAAACAGUUAAAAUGAUUAAUCUCCUUUCCUGAGCUGAUUUAGACCAUUUGAUUGCAUUCCAAAAUAAAGGGAUUGAUUCCACGAUUAGAAGGGGAAAAAAUGGUAAUGACUUACCUAUGCCCCCCCCAAAAAAAGUUUUAUUCUUUCACAAUAAAAUUGCAUUUUAGAACCUCUUGAACCACAAUACACAACAGUUUCAUUUACUUCAGUGAAUCUCAGUUUUAGUCCAGUUAUUUACUGCUGUAGUGAAAUUGCUGGGUUUUUUUCCCUUUUUGUUUUGUUUCUUCAUUGUUGGGGUUUUUUUUUUUUUUUUUCCUGCUCAUUUUUAUGAUUAGUUUUUAAUCAAGUGUUGAAAUGUUACUCAACCAGCAAGUUUUGUUUCGGUGAGGUCAAGGGGUUACAGUGCUCCUUGGUUAAAACGACAAAGCACUUAAAUUAGACUAUUCUUUUAAUGAGAAACCUUCGGAUUUUGGAAUUAGUUUGCUCAUAAAUUGGAUUAAGUUAGCAUCCUGGUUGUUAGGGGUGGAAAAAGCCCUCUUUUAAAGCACUGUCUCUAAGCUUUGGUUGCAGCACUCUUUUCAAAUUUCCUUGUUUGAUCCCAUGAAUCUUUCUGUUUAAAUGCGGUAUUACAUCGUUCCUCAAAAGUUAGAGCACUCCUUCCAUGAAUGAGCUGGUGAAUGAAUGAAUGCAUUGUUUUUAGGAAUGCUGAGCAUCUUAGCUAUUAAAACCAGAGAUGUUUUGUAUGCUUGUGUGCAUAGGUGGUUUCAUGUUAUGUAACGUCACCAGUGACUAUGUGAUUCAGGCUUUGACUCAUCACAGUACUGACCACCAUUCUGUUUUUUUGGAAGUGCUGGCUUCAGAGUAAACAAAGAAAUGAAACGCACUCAUUUGCUUUCUUGCCAAGUUAGAUUAAGAAGAGCGACACUUGUUCUGUUAAGACUGAAAGCAGGAUGAAGCAGCUCACCAGAAAUUGCAUUAAUUAAAAUCUUGUUUCUCCUUUUUUAUUUUUAUUUUUUUCAGUUAUUCAAAAAGCGUAUACAAGAAGGAGUUAAGAAAAUAUGGAUGCACGGAUGUAUAAAAUAAUUUAGCCAGUGCCAGCAUGUUUUUCUCUGUUUAAUUUGUUUUUGUUAUUUAUUCUCAUCUUUGUUCCAGGGAAACAAAGAACUCUUCAUCCUUAAUAAAUGACUGUUAAAGUCUUUCACCUCUUCAUCACACCAUCUUUGAACAUUUAAGGGGUUUAUGCACAAAAAAAAAAAAAAAAAAAAAAAGAGACUAGCAGCCACGUGGAGAC